AUGACGGCUACCGGCUCCAAAAUCUACUUACCGGAGUUGCCAUCCUUUUUAUGGCCAUAUAUACAUGAAGUGAUAGAUGUUGUCGGGGAUGGUAAAUGUGGAUACAGAGUCGUCGCUGCAUUGCUGGGCCUUCAGAACGGUCAGGACGGUUGGCCUCGGGUUAGGGAAGAGCUGAUUGUAGAACUCACACUCUAUGAGAAACACUAUACAUGCAUGUGGGGUUAUGUUGUGGUACAAGCCAUGCACAAUCGUCUCACUCUCCCUCCUGAUGGUAGAGCCACUAAAGCCAAAUGGAUGCAUCUACCGGAGAUGGGGUACCUUAUUGCUAACCGGUUUCGGGUGGUUUUCAUCUCCAUCUCAUUAAAAUCUAGUUACACUUACCUUCCGAUGAGAGGAGGCGCCCCACCGUUAGAACAUCCUGUCAUAGGUAUUGGUCAUGUGACCAAUCACUUUGUACAGCUGAAGUUGGUGUUUGGACACCCUAUGCCGCCAAUUGCUCCCCAAUGA